GUCCCGCGAAGGUUCGGACCAGUUUAGUCGUCGCAAACAUGAAAGCAGCUUCGGUGGUACUCAGUAUUUUCGGGCUAGUCGCCUUGGCCAGCGCUGCCCCUCUCGAGAGCAACCCAUGGGCUUUGAUACCGGAUGGCAAUGGCAGACUGCAUCUGAUUAACGUCCACCCGUACGAUGUGCCCAAAGGUGACAAUGAGGUCGAACCAAUGUUCGACCCCGAGACCGACGUGGUGUUCCGUCUGUAUACUCGUCGCAACCCGGUCCAUCCGCAAGUGAUUCGCUGGAACGAUCAGGGUUCUGUGUCUGGCAGUAACUUCAAUCCGGCCCAUCCUACCCGUUUCCUAAUCCACGGUUUCCUGGAGGGUGAGGAUGCCAGUUUGCACUGGAGCAUCAAGGAUCACUUCAUCCGCAUCGGUGAGUUCAACAUCGUAAACGUGGACUGGGGUGCAGGAUCGCAGACUAUCAACUACAUUGCCGCCCGUAACCGCGUCGGAGCUGUCGGUGAAAUCAUCUCGCGCAUGAUCAACACCAUCGUUUCCGCCUCUGGAGCAUCCCGUGAUAACAUUAGCCUGAUCGGACAUAGCUUGGGUGCGCACGUUGCGUCAAACGCUGGAAAGCACCAGAACGGUCAGCUGGGCACGAUCAUCGGUUUGGAUCCGGCUGGUCCGCUGUUCUCCGCCGGACAGGCCGAUAUCUUCGGUGCCAAUGAUGCGCAGUACACGGAAGCAAUCUACACGAAUGCUGGACUUCUUGGAUUCGAUCAGCCACUGGCGCAUGCUAACUUCUACCCGAAUGGCGGUCGCUCGCAGCCGGGAUGCAUUCUGGAUAUAGCUGGAAUCUGUGCGCAUAACCGCGUAAACGAUUUCUAUGCUGAGUCGGUUUCGUCAUCGGUGGGCUUCCGAUCGGUGCGCUGUGCCAAUCAUGGCGAGAUCCUUUCUGGCGGAUGUACCUCAAGCGGUCCGAAUGCCAACAUGGGUGGCGAACCGUCCAACCGUGGACGUGGUGUUUCGGGUGUUUACCAUCUAAACACCAACUCCAACUCGCCUUUCGCGCAGGGUUAGGAGUAACCAUUAAAUUGGGAAUAAAUUUGCCAAAUGCAUUUUGUAAAUAGUAUCUAAACAAAAGUUGUAGCUGCUUCAGAAAGAAGGUCUUGGUCGGCCGGGUGGUGUAUGUGAUAAACUGAGCCGACCCACACGGCAGUGCUAGGGAUCAAAUCCCAUCCGGACCGUCUCCCUGUAGCAUGGACUGACUAUCCUGCUACGUGGUAAAACAAGUCUUGAUACGGCCAGGCCGUUCUAACCGAGCAAAAAAA